CCUCAUAUUUUGAUUGUUAUCUUUUAUACCAGAUGACUGAUUGGCGAUUGUGUAUUUGAGACUUGAGUACCUGUUUGAAUUUUGAGUAUCGAGUAUUGACUUAAAUCUUAAUAAUAAAUUAAUAAACAAUAAUAUGACUUUAAAGAGACAAGAGUAUAUUGUUUCCAGUCUUGAAUAUUAUAGUAAAUAGUAUUAACUUGUAAAUUUUUUCUUAUUUUUACUCAUAAAUACUUGGUAGUAUAGUUACUACUGGAUCUUGACUCUUUGUGAUUUUCUAAAUUCGUAUAGGUACGUAAAGUUUCUGCACAAUGUUGACUCAAUAAAUGCUUGGACGUAUGGUAUUGAUUUUAGUAUUCAGUUGCACUGUUGCAGUAUAUCAUCAUAAUUACACAUAUUCCUCAAACAAAUAUUUAAACAUGAUUUUAAAAAAGAUAUCCCUUUCUUGUCUAACACUUGUACGUUUCUGUCAUUCAAAUGUUAAAUGGAAGGCGAGAGUAUUCUCUGGGAUUCAGCCUACAGGAACCCUGCAUUUAGGUAAUUACUUUGGUGCUGUAUCCAAGUGGGUUCAACUACAAAAUGAAAACAGAGAAGUCAUAUUCAGCAUUGUUGACAUGCACUCCAUUACUUUGCCAUAUAAUACCAAGGAAUUAGAAAAAAAUGUCCUUCUCAUGGCGGCUAGUCUAAUUGCAUGUGGAAUUGAUCCUGAAAAAAGCACCCUAUUUCUGCAAUCUCAGGUACCUGAACAUACACAAUUAAGUUGGGUUCUUGGAUGCUUAACAACAAUGCCUAGAUUGGGCCAGUUGCCUCAAUUUAAAGAAAAGUCUUCAACUUUGAAAGAUGUUCCUCUUGGUUUGUACUUAUAUCCAGUUUUACAAGCUGCAGACAUACUUUUAUAUAAAGCAACUAAAGUACCAGUCGGCGAAGAUCAAAUUCAACACUUGCAGUUAGCUCAUAGUUUAGCUCGAACAUUCAAUAAACGCUUUGGUGACACAUUUCCUGUACCUGAAGUUCUUAUUCAACAAAAUUGCUCUUCAAGGAUAAGAAAUCUUCGUGACCCUAUGAAAAAAAUGUCUAAGUCUCAUCCAGAUCCUCGUGGAAGAAUAGAAAUUACGGAUGAACCAGAUGUCAUUGUAGAAAAAGUGAAAAAAUCUGUUACAGAUUGUACAUCAAAAAUAACAUAUGAUCCUGAAAAUAGACCAGGUGUUUCAACACUUAUAACUAUGCAUUCACUUAUUUGUGGACUAUUGCCAGAAGAAAUUUGUGAAGAAAAUUUGCUGUUGGACACUGGACGGUAUAAACAUAUAGUAGCAGAAGCGUUAGUUGAAAAAUUUACGCCUAUUCGUCAGGAGAUAUUAAAAUUAAUAGAUUCACCGGAAUAUUUGAGUAAAGUACUACAAGAAGGACAACAGAAAGCAAAUUUAAUUGCUUCAAAUACAUGGCAGGAAGUAGCUUCAAAAAUUGGUACAAUACCAUGCAAUUAAAUUUUAAGUCAUAAAUAAAAAACUAGUUAAUAAUUUUAAUACUAUAGAACUGUUUUUUUGAACAUUAAAGAGUUUUAAUUUUUA